UAGUAAUUUUAGCAGCACAGAAUGUUACAGUUGAACGAUGUAAACUUGAUAUUGAGGAUGACAGAGCCUGUGGAAAAAAUAUAUAAACGAAAAUCUGAACAAAUGAACAAAGCAGUAUGUUUGAUAUUACUCACUCUAGUUCCUUGCGACAUCAGUCUUAACAUAUUUGCUUUUAGUGCGGAAGAACUCAGACUGUCUUCGGGCUAAAGGAUGCACCAUAUAAAACGGCUCUUUGCCAAGUCAUUUCGCCAAAGGCGAAUUCUCCCUACAGUUCAAAACACUUUAUUACCACUAAGUCCCAUGGCUUUGUUAUUUUAUGUCUUUGUUGGUGGGUUUCAGCAGCCACAUACUUUCAAACUUGAUUUGCCACCUUUAGGCCACAUCUUCCUAAUGUAAAGUAGUAUUUUUAUUUACUUAUUUACUUUUUGUAAUAAAGGCGGCUGUUUUGUUCAGCUUCAGGCAAAAGUUGCACCCAAGUCUCUCAUAUCAGCUCAUGGGUUUGAGGUUUUUGCAAAUCUGUGUUGCAUCUAUUGUUGAGCUUUGUGGUAACAUUUGAUUUGCAUGUAGAAAAGGUACAAUCAGUGCUUCAGACAGCAUUUAGCGGUUUGUACAGUUGAGAGGUGUUUCUAAAGCUUGUUCCGAGAAUGCGUCCGAUAACUGCAGAAUUUUCCAUAAAAAUGUAUUUUUAAACUUUGUAUCGUGUUAGACCUCGCCCCUUGUACGGGGGUAAUGGUGGUGCAUUAAGGCGAGGUGAGGGAACACACUGAUUGCUGUGCUGUCUCCUUUCUCUGCCUCAGCUCCAUGAUGGAUAUCGCUCCGGCUGCUACGUAGCCACGGAGUGGGAGGGACUGCCCAUCUUCCAGCAUUUCCAUUGGUUUUACAGUCCGCACGGCGGAGAGGGGGGUGCCUCUAAUCAUAUCCAGCAUGUUUUGUACAAGAAAUGUCAGCCAGAAAGGGCUAUCUUCUCCCUUCGCCAAAAUACACCACAAUAAUGUCAUGUUCGGACAGCCCGUCAGGAAAUGCGUUUUUAGUGGAUUCUCUGAUCAGUGGCCGCACCGAAAGCGGCGGAGGUCACUAUACAGGGAGCGCGGUGUGCGUGCCUCAUAGCAGCGCUACAGAAGUGCCUUACGGACUACACAACUAUGGAUACUUCCCAGGUAUGGGUAAGCGGAGCGAGGUGGGUCCCCAAAACAUGGUGUCCGCCUCGGGGGCGUAUAUGUCCAGCAUGGAGAUGUGGAUGGACGCGCAGAGGUCAUGUCGAAUGGACCAAGAGCACCCGGUAGGUCCUCAGGUCGCGCCCUGCUCGUUCCCGCAGAACAUUAAGGAAGAGAGCACCUACUGCCUGUAUGAGCAGCCGAAGUGCCCUAAAGCCUCCACCGCCGAAGAUCUUACAUAUUCGAGGUUAACUGCCGCCGGCCUCGGGUCGAGUUCUUGUACAGUUACCGAUGGCGGCGGCGGCGGAGGCUCAGUGCCUGUGCCGGGCUACUUCCGCUUGUCUCAGACGCACGCACAUUCUCAUAAACUUUACAACACCAACGGCCCCCAGCCGAACCCUUCCCAUUCUCAUUUUGGCCUACACCCCACUGCUCCCGCUCGCUUCCACACGCCACCAACUUCGACUUCUGCUCCAGCCACGGCGCAGGAAGGAAGAAACACCGAGGAGCCCGUGUCCUCGGCGAAAGCAGACCUGCUGCAGCCUCACGCUGCACCGGGGACCGAGGAGACGCGAGAGUCCUCGGAUGCAGAAGCCUCCUCAGCUGACGAGGCAGAGGAGCAUGACAAAGAGAGACCAGCAAAACCCACAAAAGGAGACCCAAAAAGUGAAAACACGGCCAACUGGCUGACAGCAAAAAGCGGCCGGAAGAAACGCUGUCCCUACACCAAGCACCAGACACUGGAGCUAGAGAAGGAGUUCCUCUUCAACAUGUACCUGACCCGAGAGCGCCGCCUAGAGAUCAGUAAAAGCGUCCACCUGACGGACAGACAGGUCAAAAUCUGGUUCCAGAACCGCAGGAUGAAACUGAAGAAAAUGACGCGAGAGAACAGGAUCCGGGAGCUCACCUCCAACUACGGAUUUUCGUGAUGAAAGAGGUGACCACUAUUUGAAAAUAGAAGAAAAAAAUAAUAAUGGUGAAAUCCAUUACUACCCCCCUCCUCCUCCUACCAGCCAGCCACCCCACUCCACUCCACCCUCCUUCCACCACUUUGUCAACAUGACUCAUUUCACUGUGGGGUACAAGUUUCUUUUAUUUCCAGACACGCUUAAUGUCAAGGCAUCGUCCUCUGUAAGCUACUGAGAAAAGAGAAAAAAGGAAAAAAUGAAUGUUAGAGGUUCUAUUUGAUUGUUUUCUGAUGUUGUGUUUUUUUGUAUUUGUCGACACGUUUCUGUCACCUCUGUGGUAUGGUUGGAUAGUGUCGUCAGUGGAGUCAAAUCAAUGCAAUUUAAAAAAAAAAAAAAAAAAACAACAAACACACACACAACACACACACACACUCACACACACAUUGUGCCCCAUUGUGGAGGGUGGUUUAAAUUGCCCACUAUCUCCCUCCACCGCUGGAAAAUAAUCUUCCUCUAAAUUUAGCCAAACAAAUAUGAAUUUAUUUUAUUUUCAAUUGGAAUUGCAUGUUACACACAGGUUUACUACAUUUUUUUUCCUUUUUAAACCUGGAUUAUCCCCCCCCCCCCCGGCCAUGUAUCACCAAGGGAAGAAUAAUAAUUCACCUAUGACCAUUAGAUGUAGUCCACCAUGAUAUAGGUCUAUUCUAUGUAUGAGCUAAAUGUAUAAAUUGAAUCUCUAUUCACGUUUGAGGACGUUUACACGAAAAAAAAACGGUGCGCAAAGUGAAGGAGGAAUGUUUUUAUUGUAUAUUUCUGUGUACAUAUGACAUUGUGUUUUUGUGUAAUGCUUAAUAAAUUAUCAGCUCGCAUUAA